AUGACAGCAACACAUAAUGUUUACGAUAUCUUAACGCAAAUUUUUACAAACUCUCUGCAACCAUAUGGCAAUGAAGAUAAUUUGAAUGAUCGACAUUCAUUUCCACAUCAAUUGAGUGAUGUGGGAGAAUAUCUCGAUAACAAACUAGCCGACAUUGCGUCAUCUUGUCCUCAUCCUCCAUCUAACUACGAAGAUUAUCGCAUUGGACCUCCGACAACAAGUUUAAUUGUACAUGGAGCAACUGGAAUUGUUCAAUGUACACGAUACGAUUACACAGGUAUCGCUAGUUUCAAUACUGUUCGAGCCGAUGUUUGCGUUUUUCGUGGCAAAUGGCAGUAUGAAGUCUUACUUGAAACACGUGGCGUCAUGCAGUUCGGUUGGUGUACACUGAAAUGCAAUUUUUCACAAGAAAUCGGCGUUGGCGAUACUUGGACUUCGUUCUCUUACGACGGUGGACGCAUAAGAAAAUGGAAUGUUCAAAAUUCCAAAUAUGGCGACCCUUGGCUAGCUGGAGAUGUCAUAUCAUGUUUAAUUGAUUGUGAUGAAGGAACCAUUUCAUUCAAACGAAAUGGUGUUGAUCUUGGAAUUGCAUUCGAAAAUGUACCCUGCGGAAAAGGUAUUGCUUAUUUUCCUGCGAUAUCUUUAUCACAAAAUGAACGUAUCAAAAUCAACUUUGGCGCCACACCAUUUCGCCAUCCGACUGCGAGUUAUUUACCCAUUGACGAAAAACCCCAACUACACAUUGACCAAGCUGAGUUUUUGUUCAAUACAUUUCAACAGAUGAUUCAUUUUGCAAAAUACCAAAGAUUCAAUGGUUCAAGCAAAACGACAAAUGCAUUAAAACUGCCACAACCUCGCACUAUAUCCGACUCCAAAAAUGAAGCCGUUCUAAUGAUCAUCGCUCAACAAAUCAUCGAACGUCUCUGUCCACUGCUGGGUUCGCCGUACGUUAUUCAACAAUGUCUGAUUUCUAUGCUCCUAAAACUCAAUCAUGAGUCUAUUCACGAUGAGCAGAUUGAACUAUGUUUAUGUCUUGAUUAUUUCUGGGCAUUUUUAGAAUCAAAUGAUUUAUUAUCAAUUUUCACUCAAUUAUUUCUUUCGUUAAAUGUUCUCUAUUUUUUUGAACCUAUACUACUAACAUUUGAUUCUCAAAAACAAUAUUUGUACUUAUUACAUUCAUUAAUCAAACAUGAAGAUACGAGAAAACUUGCAUUGGAAUCGAUCUUUUUCCUCAGAGUGAAAUUGCCGUUGUUUAUCGAUAUCAAACCACCAGAUAGCGAUGUUCUCAAGCAGAUUAUUCCGGAUGGUUGGUCGACAAAGAAGUUAAAUUUCAAUGAUUUGGAACGAGAUUUGAAUUAUCUACCAGCAUGUCGAAAGUUGAAAGAUGAUCUUAAGUUGGUUGAAAAUAUUCAGAUUGAAAUCUUGAAACUUCUGCUGAAUCCAUCGGAUGUUCUGCAGCGUCCACCAUCGUCGAAAUAUUUAUUCAUAACAAAAUUUCGAAACUUUCUUAAAGAAAAUCUUACCGAAUCACCGAUUCAUAAUUAUCAACCUGGUACAAUAAGGAAUUUGUUUCAUCGUCUAUUACAAGUCUUAGAAUUCUAUUGGAAUCAGUAUCAUGAAGUGAAAUCGAUGGAUGAGGGACGAGAUUAUUCAUUACCAUUCGAUGCCGCCUAUGUUCCAAGUCAAAAGUUCAUCGAUAAUAAUUUUGACUAUUUCAACUUACAAAGACUAGGUGGAGUACAGAGUCAUUUAGAAAAAGAAUAUUUAGCGGAUGUGAAACGAGCGAGAGCAUCGAAUACAUCAUCAGCAUCGACAACAUCAUCGUUCUUUGCACGAACCUUAUCAGAUCAAGUAUCUCGACGCGAUGACAUGUCGGAUUUUGUUAAUGGAAGUGAUCGCUAUCGACAUCAACUCGGAGGAAGUUUGAAAUCAUUAAAUGCCACUGGUUCGGAAAGUUUAACGGAAUUACUUGAUGGACUCAUUCUUCUCUAUCAUGUCGGUGUACAUAAACAUUAUCUUAAAGUCGCUGAAGUGAUUGACAGUUUACGAGAGUAUACCGAAUCGUUAACUGAUAUCGAUAAUAAAUUGCUUAAUUGUCGGGAUGAUUGUCCGGAGAUUCGCGAUGAACUUAUUCGCUCAAAGAAAAUCUUCGAGCAACAAGCAGAAGAUUUAACCAGAAAAAUAGCAUGGAUAACAAUCAAUGUAUUUUCACAUGAAAAACGACGUGAUGUUGUCAUUCUACAUCGUUGUGUUUAUCGAACACUUCAACUUUCAUCCGAAGCAGGAAAUCUAUUUAGUUUUGUACCAGAAAUCUACCUCAAUGAUAUCUACUUAAACACAUUUACCGCUCUCAAUGUUUACUUUCCAUUAGAAGAUUCGGUUAUCAGUCGAGAAAUUGCAACAGAUUUUGUACAAUUUGUUGCCAAUCAUAUGCAAGAUACACGAAUAGUGAAUACAGAUGUUCGUGAUAAUAUCAUUCAAUCGUUAAGUGCAUUUUGUUUUUAUACCGGCUCACUACGAGCUUUAGAAAACAUGCGAGAAUAUAAUCGAGCAGUAUUAAUUCGAGCAUUAUUGACUCCGUAUUCGAAUCGUCCAUGGGCAAUGACGAAUUUAAUUCUCGUAAGAUUUUGGAAAGGUUGCGGCUUUGGCUUUCGUUAUUCGCAAGUAUAUCCAUCAAAAUUUUUGCAAAGUUUGAGAAAAGAUCGAAUUCAAGAUCCAUCUCCAUCGAUCAAAUAUCAACAGGAAAUUGGACGACAUUUAUCGAGAAAUAUCGAUGAUGCCAUUGUCUUUCUUAAUAGUUUAUUAGGACAAUUGAAUUGGGCGUUUUCAGAGUUUAUGGGAUUGUUAAAAGACUUGGUACCAACUAAAUCCCGUUAUAUGCCAACAGUUGAACAUCGACAAAUGAAGAUAUGUUCAACGUGUUUUGAUGUUACCGUUAGUUUAUUGCGUACAAUUGAAAUGACCAUAUGUGUUGCACCGAAUGUUAUGCUGGAUAAACAUGUACCUAAAGCGGAAAUGUUACUCAUACGUCUGAUUCAAUUACUCAGUCAAAUUAUCAAUCGUUUGGCAACGAAAAAUUAUGUUUUAGAAGAAAUUCAACGGUUGAAAAUGUCAGUACUGGACAAUAUCCAUCCAUAUCCAAUAUUUUCAGCUGUAUGCGGUAUUUUAGUACAUUUAAUUAAUCGAACAAGUACAGAAACAUCAUUACGUGUAUGUCGUGCUAUUCACAGUGAAGCUGAUCUUGAUCUAACAUGUCUUCGUCGAUUAAUCUACGGAUUUGAUAGUGAAACGACUGAUUUAGGUUCAGUGUCAUCAUUACGUUUUGCUCUCAUAUCUCAACCAGAAAUCAAUCGAUCCGAAGCGAAUGAACUUGAUGAAUUCUAUCGUAAAUUAAAUGAUACAUAUCAAAAACUAGCUAAGACAACGACAGCAUCCGAUGAAAACGAUGAUUCAAUGUGUAUAAUUUGUUAUUCACAUCAGAUUCAAGCAGAAUUUCGACCAUGUAAACAUCAAGCGUGCUUGUAA